AUGUCAUCCCACGCCUCCAAGUCUGCUCCUCACCCUCUCGACCCCCUGACCGUCGACGAGGUGCAGACGGCCUCUCAGAUUGUCCACAAGCAGAUCGGAUGCGCAGACAACGAGAUCAGAUUCAAGCUUAUUGAUCUCGCUGAGCCUCCUAAGGACACCACUCUUCGUCACCUUCACCACAAUGGCCCGGCUCCUGAUCGAAGGGCAAGGGUGUACUACCACCUCAAGACCAGCCAGGCUCUCUUGAUCGCCGUUGUUAACCUGGCAACCAAGAGAGUUGAGAAGCUCUACGAUGCCCCCAACUCGCAAGGACCUGUUGACUGGCAUGAGUAUGAGCUCAUCACUAGAGCCUGCAACAGCCACCCCGAGGUCUUGGCCGAAGUUGCCAAGCUCAAGCUUCCUCCCAAUGCCCGCCUUCUCAACGACCCUUGGGCCUUUGGCACAGACGACGCCAACGAGCGACGACGACUCUUCCAAUGCUACAUGUACAUCGCCCUCGACGAAGACCCCGAAGCCAACCACUACUCCCUCCCCCUCCCUCUCGCCCCCAUCUUCGACGCCCACACCCUCGAGCUCGUCGAGAUCGAAAGACUUCCCAUGGGCACUGGCGACGAGCUGGAUCCCGAGACUCAGCCCUGGGAGCCUGCCCAGCCGGUCGAGUACAGCGCAAACAUCAUGGGAGAGGAUGCCUUCCGAAAGGACCUCAAGCCUCUACAAGUCGUUCAGCCCGAAGGACCUUCGUUCAAAAUUUUUGGUCGUCGCGUUGAGUGGCAGAAGUGGUCUUUCCAGCUUGGUUGGACUCUUCGAGAGGGCCCCGUUCUUCACGAUGUGCAGUACGACGGGCGUCCUCUAUUCUACAGAGUAUCCAUGAGCGAGAUGACAGUUCCCUACGGCGACCCUCGAUCACCAUAUCACCGAAAGCAGGCCUUUGAUCUCGGAGACUCUGGCUUUGGUCUUACUUCCAACAGUCUGAGCCUUGGCUGCGAUUGUCUCGGUCACAUUGCCUACUUCAGCGGUGUUCGAGUGACUGCAGAUGGCAAGCCCGCGGUCAUGCCCAACGUUGUCUGCAUGCACGAGAUUGAUGACGGUAUCGGCUGGAAGCACACCAACUUCCGCAACCACAAGUCUUCUGUCGUGCGAAACAGACAGCUCGUCAUCCAGUGCACGGCAACUGUUGCCAACUACGAGUACAUCCUGGCCUUUGUCCUUGACCAAGCUGCCAACAUCCACAUCGAGGUCCGAGCCACCGGCAUCGUUUCGACCAUGCCCAUCCGUCAAGGCCUUCAAGUCCCCUGGGGCACAAUCGUCGCACCAGGUGUCCUAGCCGUCAACCACCAACACAUUUUCUGCGUGAGAGUUGACCCCUGCCUAGACGGUGACCGAAACAACACAAUCACAUACGAUGAAUGCCACCCCGUGAUCAACGAACCCGAUCUCGACCCCUUCGGCUGCGCCUUCAGAGUAAACACCACACCAAUCGAGAAGCCAGGCGGCUACGACCUCGACCUCACCAAGAACCGCACAUUCAAAAUAAUCAACGAGUCCCGCACAAACGCCAUCUCCGGAAAGCCCCACGGAUACAAGUUGCACGCUGUUCCUAGCCAGAUGCUCAUGAUGGCACCUCACACGUUCAACUACCGCCGCGGAAUCUUCACUUCCAAGCCCAUCUGGGUGACAAAGUACAACGACGACGAGCUAUGGGCGUCGGGAGAGUUUACGAACCAAAGCCGAGAGGAUACAGGCUUGGCUAUUUGGGCGAAGCGUGAUGAGAAUGUAAAGAAUGAGGAUGUUGUUCUUUGGCACGCUUUUGGAGUUACUCACGUCACUCGACCUGAAGACUUUCCAGUCAUGCCCGUCGAAAAGUUUGCCGUGUCACUAAAGCCCACCAGCUUCUUCGAGGUCAACCCAUCCAACGACGUCCCUCGAUCCAACCAGAGCGCCAACCAAUCUACGCUACACACCGUUGGGCCCGAGUCCUGCUGCCGACCUUCACGCAUCUAA